AUGUUUGCUUGUUGUGGAAAAAAGAAAAAGGAACGGAAACAUGCUUCAUUAGGAAAUCUUCAUUAGUUAAAUUUAAUUUGUUAAGAUGGAUUAUACUUUGAUAAGAAUCUUAAAAUAAUUACAGAAUUCAAUAAAACUAAUGUAUUCAAAAUAUAUUUAAUAGUAUUUUAGUUUUGUGAUACCUUAUAAGGAAACUGCAAAUAUUAUUGUCCAAUCUGUUUUAAAUAUUAUGACUGUAUAAUCUAUAUACAUUAUUAAUAGGUAUGCUUCAUACAACUUGUUGUUCAAAUUAUGUUUGUCAUGUUUGUGCAGUAUAAUCUCUCGCCAAUAAAAUGUAUAAUUGUCAUUAUUGUCGAAAUGAUCACUGCAAAUAUGUCGAUGUUGAUCCUGCACAUUAGUUAAAAAUAUACAUAGAUUCACAUACUAAAUUAUGA